GGCCCUUUUCUCCUCCCCCUUUCCUUUCUUUUGCCUCCCCUCCCUCUCGCCCGGUGUCGGCGGCACUUCCCCCGCUUCCUCCUCCCUCUCCAAUCGGGAGGGAGGGAAGGAGCCACCGGCUCUUUCCUGCCUGCCUGCAAACUUCAGCGGGACUCCCGGCUCCACUCGCCGCCGCGGCCACUGCCGCCCGCUCGGGAGCUGCUCCGGGAACUUCCUUUCGCUGCGCGGCAGGGCAAUCCCGGCUGGUGGGAGGACGCCACCAGGCGCCGGGCGGCUUGGACCCCCGAUCCCUUUCCUGGGCUACUGCCCGCCCGCGAGUCCGCUAGUCUGUCGGUGCGUCCUUCCUGCCCGGCCUCUCCCCCGCCGGCAGGAGCCGCGGAGCUUCCCCUCGGCGCCCAGCCGCUGCCUGGGACCUUUCUUUGUGUUGCAUGCAGACUCGCGCCCCGCGCCGACGGGGGGCGGAUUAAGGGCUGCGCUCGCCCGGGGCGGCCCGCGGCGCCGCCGGCCGGAGCCGCCCCCCGCCUCGCGCCAUGCCCUUCCACCAGAGGACCGUGGAGCCCGCGCGGUUGCGCCGGCCCGAGUUGGUGGAGGCCGGGGCCGCGCCACUCUUCCGCUCGCUGGAGCAGGUCAGCUCGCAUGCCCUAGUCUGCCUGCUGGCGCAGCUGGCCGACCUGUCGCGCUGCGCCGGAGACAUCUUCGGCGAGCUCGAGGGCCAGGCAGUCGCGUUGGGCCAACGCACAGCUGAGUUGCACCGCCGCCUGGAAGCCCUGCACGCCGCCGCCGCGCGCCUGGACCACCGCCGAGUGAAAAUCCACAAGAAGUGGGACCGACACUGAAGGCAGAAGCCAAACACCCCUAAACAGUGCUAAAUUGCCUAGGCUGGACUUGAACUUGCAAUCUUCUUACCUCAGUCUCCUGAGAAGCUUGGAUUACGGGCAUAUGCCACCAUACCUGGCCAAUAAUGGUUUUUCAUGGAUUAUUACUAGUAAUAAACAUAAAGAAAAAACUGUUACUUUGAUUAUUCACUAAUGCUGAAAAUUUUGUAAACAUGGUGUCUUUUACAGAUGAAGUUGAGCCUUUCAUCUCAAAGAAUUUGGGAAAAUGUUUUUAAUUUGUUUUUAUUUUUCAAUGCUGGGGAUUAAACCCAGGGCUUUGCACAUGGUAGGCAAAUGCUUUUCCACUGAGCCACUCACUCUAUGUUAUUUUUUUAACAUUUUAAAAAAUUCAUUCUAAUAUGUUAUAUAUGGUAGCAGAAUGUAUUACAAUUCAUACUACACAUAUAGAGCACAGGUUUUCAUAUUUCUGGUUGUACACAAAGUAGAGUCACACCAUUCAUGUCUUCAUGCACAUAUUGAUGUCCAUCUCAUUCCACUGUCUUUCCUACCCCCAUGACCCCUCUUCCCCUCCUAUCCUUUGCCCUAUCUAGUGUUCAUCUAAUCCUCCCACGUGCCCUCCCUCCCCUACAAUCCCAAUCAGCCUCCUUAAAUCAGAGAAACAUUUGGCAUUUGUUUUUUUGGGAUUGGCUAAGUUCACUUAGCAUUAUCUUCUCCAACUCUAUCCAUUUACUUGCAAGUGCCAUGAUUUUAUUCUCUUUUAAUGCUGAAUAAUAUUCCAUUGUGUAUACCACAUUUUGUUUAUCCACUCAUCUUCCAUGUUAUUUUUAACAUUUAUUAAAAGCCCUACCUUCACAGAAAAAAGUCAGGUAUGUCUGGCAACCUAGCAAAAUUUAUAGACUACUUAAUAAACCUACCAAUGUCAACUAUGAAAAAAUGACAGUUGUCCUUUUAAGACCUUUGUCUUAAGAGGGAAGAGAUUCUUGCAUUGACAUUCUCCUUAAGAGAGUGCAAUUCUAAAAAUUGAGUAAAAAAUUUGGAAUUACAUAAAACAGAUUGAUCAAGCAGGACUGGAUGGUUAGUUCUAGUUGUUUAUUUCCCCGAUCAGCACUGACUUGUAGCCUAAGAAGUCAGGUGGGAUAAUUUGAACUCCUCAGUGCCAGAGGAUUGCUUGAUCAAUCAGAAUCAGAGAGGACAGCCUUCUGUCUAUUCUUGAUGCAGCCACUGAUGUUGCAGUGCAGGACGAGAAGUAGGACUAACACUGAAGGCAGAAGCCUUCAUAAACAGUGCUUUCCCACUGAGAUACAAUGUUCAUUCAACAGAUACCAUUGAGCUUACACUGUAUUCAUAGAGUUUCCUAUUCUCCAAGAAUAUGUAGAGAAAGAAACUCUCAGAGAGUUUACUGUCUAAAGGGUGACAGAGCAGUUACAUCAUAAGGAGUGGAUAAGUUCUGGGUUAAAGGUGUGAAGACCAGACCUCUGGGAAAGAACUGCCCAGCCAUUAUCAAGAUACAGAGAAAAUUAACAGUUCACUCUUCAGGCUAUUUUUUUCCAUGUUCUCCUGACACAACCCUGGGGAAACCUGUAAUCAAAACAGUAGAGACAGGUACAGCUAGUUCAGAAAAUUGGUUCAGAUGAAGAGUUCUUCCAAGGACCUGCCAAAGUUUUUGCAGACUCCCCAUCUUCUGCAAUUUCAAACCCCCAAAUAUAUGACUUCAUCAGUUUAUUAAUACAAGGAGGAAAUGUUAGGGUUUGAUUUUAUCUAGUCCAGGUGGGAGAAAUGGGAGGAAGAGGCUAUUCCUAGCAGGCAGAGGCUGCUUACUCUCAACUUUGUCACUCCAAGCAGAGCACAGAGCACAGACUCACAUCCAACUUUAAGUGACCAGAGUCACACAAUGUCCUCUUACACUUGUGCCUCCUCCUGUUUUCUCUUCCUUGAUUUCCAGCUGUUUGGGGCCCUCACUUCUCAAAGUGAGGUCCAUGAGAUAUCACUGUCACCUGUGCUUGUCAGAAAUGCAGAGGCUCAAGUGGACCCAAAACUACUGACUUAGAAUCUGCCUUUGAACAAGUUCUCCAGAUAAUUCUGUGCAUAAUGAAGUUGGAGAUGCCCUCAGACUCCCCCGCCCCUUUCUAUCUCCCACACCUUCUCGUAUGUACCCAACCAGCAAUAACUAAAGAUUGCGUGUCUUUGAUAAUCUUCUAAUCAGGAGAAUGAGUUUGGCUUUUAAACUAUUAAAAAACAAAUAGCAGGAAGGUGCCUGGGAGAUGCUGGUCAAAGGAUACAAAAUUUCAUGUAGACAAGAGGAAAAAGUUUAGGAAAUCCAGCGUAAGGGUGAAUUUAGCUAAUAACAAUGUAUUAUGUACUUGAAAAUUACUAAUAGUAGAUUUUAAAUGCUCUCACCACCAAAUACACAAAACAACAAACCAUAGAAAGUAAUGUGUGGGAGGCCUCCUCGCAUGUGAUUUGAGUUACCUCCCUGGCUGGGUGAGAGGCGCUCAGACAUAUCCUUAUGUCCAGAGCUUUCCCCCACCCUUCUCAGGUCUGAGGGCUUGUCGCUACUCUAAUAGGUAGCUGGAGGCUGGAGCUAGGAGAAGCCGUCCUGGAGCUGGUUUAAAGGUAAUUAGAGCCUGUCUCUUUAAUUCAAAACUCCCCUCAGAUUUCUCAUGUAGCUGAACCUUCAUUUAUGAAGCCUGUGCUGGCCGUGGGCUAAAGUAAUGGGUAUGGAAAUUAGCUUGAUUUUUGUCAUCCCAUAAGGCGUAUGUAUAUCAGAACUUCAUAUUGCACACUAUAAAUAUGUACAAUUUUUGUCAGUUCAAUAAGCAAAAACCAAAAACUAGGCAGAUGCUAUAGAAGAAUAAAGCUCCCGGCUGCUCUUUUGCGCUACAGGGUCCAACCCUCGCUGUUGUCUCUGCAUCUCCUUGAGUACCUGUCUGCUGCCUCCAAGGCCCUCUGAGCACCUUGCCCUCUCCACCUGGCCUUUUGCCUGUAUUCUCCUCUGUGCUCUCAGAUUCAUCUAGCAAAUGGGGUGUUGUUUUAUCAAUCCAGAUUAUACACCUACUGUAAAUCCUCAGUGGCAUCCCUGAGCCCACCUGGCUGUGGCUGGACCCCACACUGCGCAAAUGCUAUCCCUUUCCCCAUCUCUCUUUUUCUCUUUCUUUUUCUUCCUUUAGACUUUGCUCAAGCGCAGCCCACUCUGUCUCCCCUUGACCAGCUCCCUGUCCUGGACACCCACCCAAAGGAAUGCUCAUGGUGUGGCUGUGUCUCCCACGCUAGAACGUGAGUCUCUGGGGAGCAGAGAUGAUCUCUGUGAUCUCUGAUAGCUGAUGUACCAAACUCAGAGUCUGAUAAUUACAGGGAGUGUUCAAUAGACGUUUGUCAACUUAAGUUGGUUAAACUGACUGGGAAGUUUUACUGGUUUCCUUGGAAUUAUGGAAAAGGCAGUUCACCUUGGGGAGGUACAGGCGAGCUAAACUGACUGAAUUAUAUUCUUCUAUUGGAUUUAGCAGAGUGUAACAACAAAUCCCACUAUUGUGUAUAAUUAUAAUGCACCAGUUUAAAAAAGCAAGUCCUUUUUUUUCCUGGAGUUCCAGAAGGAAUCCUUGGUUUGUGACAGAUUCAUGGGGUUUUCCUUUUGUGAAAGCCCCAUUCCAUUUCUAACUCUAUAUUUACAAGUGAAUAUUAUAUACUUUUCCCUUGCAGUAUUAGGAUCAAAACAAAAUAUUCUCUUAAAUAAGCAUUUCAGUUUUAUCUGUAUUUUGUGGUUGUUUAUUACAGAGGGAGCACAUUUUAUGAAUUAUAUUUAUUACUGGGUGUGACUAAAAAGUAUACUGGUAGGCUCGCAUGCACGAGACCCUGAGUUCAAUCCCCAGCACCACACACACACACACACACACACACACACACACAUGAAUAUACUGGUAUAAUACUAGAGAUGAGUGUAUGAAAUUAAAAUUGUCAAAUAUGUACUGUGUAUAGGGGAUGGUGCUGUGCACCUUUUGGGAAGAUGCAGUGAGGGAGAAUCCUUUGGGGUGAGUUUGAGGCCUGCCUGGGCAUAGGGUGAGCCCCCUUUUCAAAAGAAAAAAGAAAAAGACAAAGAAAAUCAUGCUGUGGGGUCAUAUAUAGAUGAUUUGUUAUUUUAAAACACUUAAGAUUUUUCCACUUGAAAUUUUUUCCAUUCAAAUCUUUCUUGGGGAAUGGACAUUUUGAAAUUCCAUUUUUAAUAUAAA